AAAACUCUAUUUAGACGACCACAGCUGGAUCGUGGAAAAUGAAUUUUGUUAGUUUUCUUGGAAUAUCAAUAAAUUUAUCAAUCGUGACCAUUUGUAUAUAUUGUGAACAUACAGUGAAAAAUUGCAGUACCUCCGAUUUGGACAACGAUUGUCCAAUUAAUUCAAGAUGUUUACAGACACUUAUGGAGUCCACCGUUGGCAAGUGCGAGUGCUCAGAAACGGACAAUUACCAGUUUAACGCCAUGUACGAGAGCGAGGCGGAGUACUGCGUGCAGCGGCGACCGGGGACCGCGAAAGCCGACACUGUGCAGGUCAUCCUGCGCCGCCCGCCGAGCUCCCAUCACAUCGUUGGCGGCAUUUUGAUACCCAUUCUCGUGGUAUUGAUAAUCGUGGGUGUCGUGUAUGGCACGGUGCGCUACCGCGUGGCACAACGCAUUCGCGAGGCCGUGGUGUCGCGCUUCUUUGUGCGCCAUCGACCCUCGUAUCAGGACGUGAUGAUGGGCACGGACUUUGACGAUCCGCCCCUCAUUUAAUGGGGCGCCCUUUCCUCUUUUUCAUCAACUAUUUCACGUCUCCAUCACUUCUAGAAGUUGAUAACCAUGUUUUGCUAUCUGUGCCAUCGAUGGCGAGAAGAUCGCCGGUGAGAAUUUUCGGAAAUCCACUCAGAAGUGCUUCACAGGGCGCCUCUGGCAAAAUCGAACUCCCCAAAUUUCAACACUAUCGAAGUCCUCUAUUUACUAAUAUUUACAAUAGCGAUAAGUGAAUCAGCGUAAUACAAUUCAUACUACGUAAAGUAUAAGUAACAUUCGCGAGAGUCUUCAAUUCCCCAGCCCAAGUCACGUUUAAUUCAUCAGAGCAAUACAUAUGUAUAUCCUUGAAAAGCUGCCCACACAUAUCACACAAAAACGCAUACAAUAGACACACUUAAGUGGAAAAUAAUUCAGCUAAAUUAUUCCCGUAUCCAAAUUAACAUAUCUAAGUGAAAACCAAUUAACUUCCCUCUGCGGGCUGAUUUCCACUGGAAAAGCGGCCCCAUUCUAGGCGUUUUCCCCGGUGUAUUUUUGGAAGCAAAAUUAUAUCGGGCUUGCGUAUCAGACAGUACCUUAUCGUCCGCAAUUUACAACCAAUAUAUAUUUCAUGAAAAUGAGAGUGCAAGAUAAAGACACUUCACAUGUCCCUCGUUGUCGCCAAAGAUUUACCGUUUAUCUUUUUUUACACUUCCCUUUUCACAGCAAGACCAUUUGAGAAAGAAAAUCGAAAUACACACACCCUGUGAAUUUAUUGGAAAGAAUAUUUUAUAUGUUUAUUUCCGACUGAUAUUUGUAAAUAUAUUCUGUGAUACCACAAAAUAAA